AUGACCCGUGUGGCCCGAUUCCAGUACCGAUUGCCGCCAGUCAAUAGCCACCCGUGUUACGGAAAGGAAGGCGAGGUGAUCCCCCACCCUGACAACUGCCACUGGGUGUACAACUGCACCCAGGCAGCCAGACAGCCCCAGUGGAACCACGGAGAACCGUACGUGCGGGAGUGCCGAUACCCACAACUCUUUGAUCGGGGAACCGUCCGCUGUCGAGAGUUCAUCAACGUCAACUGCGACUCGCGAUUCGAACCCGUUGACCCAUGUGAAUACACAAUGAACCAGUGUGAGCGCGCUAACUGCAUCCCGUGCAACAGACGAUAUGGCAGCUGCAGAGGACGAGCCAAUGGAAUCUACCCGUUUCACGUGACGCGAUGGACUCCGACCUUCGUCACUUGCUUUGACCAGAGGAACAUCGCCCAGGACGACUGCCAGGAACCCACUCCGAUAUUCUCUCCGGAAAUGAACGACUGCGUGUCUCUCCUCGAGGUGCCGAAGGAGCGAGGUGGUAUGCGCCCGGACUGCUCGUUCAGGGAGGACGGGUACUACCCCGAUGAACAAGGCAGGUGUGGCAUUUUCUUUGAGUGCCGGGACCGCGUCUUCCUCAGCUACGACGAAUGUCCGGCCGGCAUGGUGUUCGAUCCGCUGACACUGCGCUGUCAGCCCAUCGAUAUGGCAGCGCCGCCUUGUGGCACGGGAAAGUCGCCCAGCUGCCAGAAACGAGAGGAUGGUUUCCAUGCCGACCUGUACGGCAGAUGUACGUAUUACUUUGAAUGCCGGAGACACAGAUUCGUGAAAUACAGGACUUGUGAUUUCGGAUCAUUCGACCCAAUUUACCAGGAAUGCGUUAUUCCCAACGAACUCAUCCCAAAGCCGUGCGGGCUCCUCCCAAAUCCUUGCGAGGAUAAAGACACGGGCGUCUUUGUCGAUGUUGACGAUGGGUGCAAGAGUUACACAGAAUGUAGUCGUGGAUUUAUUAUCAGAAAAGGCACGUGUCCAGGCAAUCAGAUUUUCAGCACUGCUAGUGGAACAUGUGUUCGAGCAGACCGUGCACCAGAGCCGUGUGGAAAUACUCCUAGCUGCAAGGACAAGCCAGAUGGCAGGUAUCCGGCCAUGGCUAAAGGCUGCAGUUUUUACUAUCGGUGUUCCAGCGGCACGUUCCAGGGAUUCAAGCAGUGCACUAGAAGUGAUGGUGGAUUUUUCUUCAACGCAAGGAAAGGAAAAUGUUUGUUUUCUAUAUUGCAGCUCAUACAGCAGCUUCCUCAGGUAACGGGAGAGUAA